UCUGUGUGUGGUUCUGAGUUUGGUGGUGGCGGCUGAGACUCUAGGGAGACUCAUUCCAAUUCCUGUCUUUUAAUUAGAUUUGAGAGCACUGAAGAGCCCUGGCACCCUGAAAUGUCUCUCAUCAUCACCGUGCUGAACAAGCUGUCCUACUUUCUGUCUCUGAUCGCGUUUUGUGUCAGUGUGUCUCACAGCUGGCUCAAAUAAAGCUGCUCCUCUGUUAGAUCCAUGAGUUCAGUGGCUGAGCGUUUAUUCUGUGGAGAUCUGGGAAGUGAUGCUGAGAUUUGAGUUCAACAGGGUAGAGGUGCGGUUCUUUUGGAGGUUUUGGAUGCAGAGAUGUUAAAUCAGGCUAAUUACCUGUUCUGCAGGUGUGAAUGAAGUAAGCAAGGACGAUGCCGCGGAGAGGAAUCCUGAAGCUGGUCCAUCUUCUAGCCCUGGUGGUGUGUGUUUCAGCUGUUGGAGACUUUGACUGGACGAGGAACGAGAAAACCUCUUUCUACUACGGCACCUUCCCAACUGGUUUCCUGUGGGGAGUCGGCAGCUCGGCCUAUCAGACUGAAGGAGCUUGGAAUAAAGAUGGAAAAGGAAUGAGCAUCUGGGAUGUUUUUGCUCACAAAAAGGGAAAAAUCUCCUCAAAUGAAACAGGAGACUCUUCAUGUGAUGGCUACUACAAGUUCAAGGAUGAUAUCAGCUUGAUGAAGGAGAUGAAGCUGAAUCAUUAUCGAUUCUCCAUUUCCUGGCCAAGGAUUUUACCCAGCGGAUUAAAAAGUGAGCACAUUAACGAGAAAGGAAUUAAAUAUUAUAACGACCUGAUCGACUUGCUCCUGGACAAUACGAUAACACCUGUGGUCACUUUGUAUCACUGGGAUUUACCUCAGGUGCUGCAGGAAAAAUAUGGCGGCUGGCAGAACGAGAGCAUGGUCAGUUACUUUAACGACUUUGGCGACUUGUGUUUUGAAAGGUUUGGGAACAGAGUGAAGCACUGGAUCACCUUCAACAACCCCUGGUCAAUUUCUGUAGAAGGAUACGAAACAGGAGAACAUGCCCCAGGACUGAAGCUGAGGGGAACUGGAGCUUACAAAGCGGCCCACCACAUCAUCAAGGCCCACGCCAAGGUUUGGCAUACGUAUGACAGGAAGUGGAGAAGCAAACAAAAAGGUCUGAUUGGGAUCUCCCUGACUGCUGACUGGGGAGAACCAGUGGACAUGUCCAACCAGAGGGACAUCGAAGCAGCAGAGAGGUACAUUCACUUCUACCUUGGCUGGUUUGCCACGCCGCUCUUCCAUGGAGACUACCCGCAGGUUAUGAAGGAAUACGUUGGAAGGAAAAGCGGUCAGCAGGGUCUGGGGGCUUCACGGCUGCCUGUUUUCUCACCUCAGGAGAAGAGUUACAUACGAGGAACUGUCGACUUCCUGGGCCUCGGACAUUACACCACCCGCUACGUUACCGAGAAGAACUACCCGUCAGGUUUUGGGGACAAUUAUUUUGCAGAUCGGGACCUUGCUGAGCUGGUGGACCCACAGUGGCCCGACCCUGGCUCUGAGUGGCUCUAUUCAGUCCCCUGGGGGUUCCGGCGCUUGUUGAACUUUGUAAAGAGCCAGUAUGGAAACCCGAUGAUCUAUGUGACAGAGAACGGAGUCUCAGAGAAAAUGCUCUGCACAGACCUGUGUGAUGACUGGAGGAUGCAGUACUUCAGGGAAUACAUCAACGAAAUGCUGAAAGCCAUUAAAGACGGCGUCAAUGUGAAGGGUUACACCGCCUGGUCUCUCCUGGACAGCUUCGAGUGGGAUGAAGGGUUCUCGGAGAGGUUCGGCCUCUACUUUGUGGACUUCACGAACAAAGACAAACCACGUUACCCAAAAGCUUCGGUCCAGUUCUAUAAACGCAUCAUCAGCUCCAACGGCUUUCCCAACCAGAGAGAGGUGGAAAGCUGGAAGAGGAAAGCUGUGGAGACCUGCUCCUCUAGUAACCAGCUGCUGGCUGCAGAUCCGUUGAUCGGCCACAUGGAGAUGGUCACAGAGAUCGUUGUUCCCACUGUGUGCACACUCUGCAUCCUCCUUAGUGCAGUUUUCUUCAUGUUUCUGCUGCGGCGACGCCUCUGAGGAACAUCUCACCUGUUUCCAUGCAAGCAGGGCCCAGCAGCCCUGGAGCUGAAGGAGCCAAUCAGAGCUCAUCCUGUCCUGCUGUUCUGUUUCCUUCAGGUUGUCAAUAAACGGUCAAAACAAGCAGACUAAUUGUUAAAUCUAUUAAUGAUUUCAUAGUGAAGAGGCUGACCUGGAGGUUUUGGUUUACUGUUAAACUAAUAAAUAAAAAUGAUAAUGAGCUGAACUGUUGCCAUCUGUAGAUCAGUGAAGUCUGCCUCUGGUUUGGAUUUAUACUGAAUGAAUGCUGAAGACCAGCAGAGUCCAACAUCUGGAGUCACUGUCAUGUUUCAGUUGGUUUCUCAUAUCUGAACACAAUAAUUAACAAACCUAAUAGAUAAAAUCAGAACUGUGGUUGGUUAACAACUUUGUUUUUACUCUGACUGUGAGUUUAAUUAUAUUUUGGCAUUAUUUGGGUUUUGUAUUUUUAACUUUAAUAUAACAAUGUAUCAAAGUGGUUUAAAUGUACAUAAUUAACCUGAGAAUUAUUUAGAAGAUUUGUGUUAUAUAUAACCCAGUAAAACUAUCUUUUCUAAGAUUAUGCCUUAACUUUAUGCUCUAACUCUUGCUUUAAAGAUGUGCUUAAUCAAUGCUUUGGAUCAGCAGCACCUGUCAGCUACUUUUCUUUUAAUAGCAGUAAGUGUGUACUUAUUUUAUUUUUUUUUCUACAAACAGCUUUUUCCAUUUUGGCUCCAUCUCUGUAUAAUAAACAACGACAGGCUGGA